CAUGUGGUGUCGCUGCUGGCGCUCGUUCCCCUUUGUGCGUCGCAAGUUUCGCUUCAGUCGCCGCACCAGGACAACAACAGCACCAGCACCAGCCAACAAGCACAAGCACCACCGCUUCAGCCUCUCCACCGCGAGUCUCAUCCGCAAGCAGAGCGCACCCUCUAUGGCGUCCGUCAGCGCACCAGCGCAAGUUGCAGGCGCUCAUCACGACAGCGCAACAUCGUCAAGGGUGUCGGCCGCGCAGUUUCUGGCAGAUUCGCCGUCACAACAAAGGCAGAGCGGAGCAGACAUAGCGCCCAACACAUCCAGCAAAGCGUCCUCCAUUACCGCAUCCUCCUCUUCUACUGCAGCGACUGGGCGCGACAUGCGGCAGCAACAAGCGCCCGUCAUCCAGAAUUACAGCCACGCAUCCAACUUCUCCGCAGGCCCCUUUAGCGAAGGCACCGAGCCGCGCGGUAUCGAGACGACUUUAAAUGGCACGCAAGUGUAUAUGAUUGGAAGGAAACAUGACAGCUCAUGUGUGAUUGUGUUUCCUGAUUUGUUUGGCUAUAAAUUCACCAAUACACGGCUUAUUUGCGACGAGAUUGCCGAUGCUGGCUUCCUCGUCAUUAUGCCAGACCUCUAUGCGGGUGAUCAGCUUGAUUUUGGACUACCUAGCGCAGCAGCGCAAUUUGGCGAAUGGUGCAAAGUACACAACAAGGCACAAACUGCGCCCAUCUGUGCGCGCAUUCUAGAUUACGUUGAAGAGAAUAUCCGGCCGCGGCUUGGUGUCGCCUGCGUUGGAUACUGCUUUGGAGGACGAUACAGUGUCAUUGCCAACGCAGCAGGUCGUGUGCGCUGCUCAGUCGUGUCUUGUCCAAGUUUCCUUGAGCCAGACGAGGUCGCAGGCAUCCAGACACCAACACUAUGGCUCUGUGCCGAUACAGACCGCACAUUUACAUCAGAAGAGAAGGUGGCUGCGCAAAAGGCGCUCGCUGACAAGUAUUUUGAGAGCCAGUUUGUGACAUAUCCCACCACAGAGCAUGGCUUUUGCACACGCUUCCAUCCAAGCAAGAAGGGGGCCGCGGCUGCGUCAAGGGAUGCCUUGGCAAGGACGAUUACAUUUUUGAAGGACACGCUGUACGAUUAGUGUUGGUGACGAAUUGAACAUGGUUGCAAAUGCUCAUUUACAGAUAGCUGGCUACGUAGCGUGGAUAGCAUGCAUCGCGUCUUAAUACUCUCAUGCGAACAAGUCCUCACGAUCAGUGUCUUGUGGCG